CCCAAUAAAUGUAUUUUCUCAGUAUACAAAAGAGUUCACUCAAUUAUAAAUGGAAAUUUGGGAACUUUUAGUCCAGUUCAUGCCUUAGGUAACCACUAUCCUAUUGGAAGAAACCCUUGUUUAUGGUUGAUUCAUUCCCUUCCUAUACCCUGACCUAGUUCUAAAAGAUGAGUCGUGGAUAUUCAGAAAACAACAACUUUCUUUGUGACAAUAAUCAAAUGGUAUUGGACAUGAUUCUAUAUUCUUUAAUUGAAGUCCCUCAGCCUAUCAACUGGGAAACUGUGGCAAGGCUUGUUCCAGGAUUUACAUCCAAAGAGUGUGCAAAAAGGUUUGAAGAGCUGAAAAGCAGUGGAAACUCACCUGUUGACAACCAGUAUAAUCCUCUGAUGGCUGCCGGAGGGAGUCCUGUUGAAACUCUAGCAACGUAUAUCCAGGCUUCACUCCUUGAUACCCAGGAAGAGUUUCAGGAGGCACCUCUUGGACAGAAUACAGUUUCCAAAACAGGAAGACCUAGUGUAGCUUCCACAAGGAAUUGUUCUUCAGAAAUUGAGAACUGUACUACUCGUAAAGGUGGAGAAAAUGCUGAUGAAACUCAAGGGCCAAAUAUGGUGAUCCAUGUAUGUGAUGAAGCAAAAAAUUUGAAAGAAGAUUUUACUUGCCCUCGUGAUCUUUUGAUAUCAGAAAUGAAGUAUUUUGCUGAAUAUCUAUCCAUGGAUGCCCAGCGUUGGGAAGAGGUGGACAUUUCAGUUCACUGUGACGUUCACAUCUUCAACUGGUUGAUAAGAUAUGUUAAAAGGAACACUAAAGAGAAUGGUGAUUGUCAGAUGCCCACUUUAGAACCAGGGAAUGCCAUUUCAAUUCUUAUUUCUUCAGAAUUUCUUAAGAUGGAUUCAUUAGUUGAACAGUGUAUUCAUUAUUGCCACAAAAACAUGAAUGCCAUUGUUGCCACCCCAUGCAACAUGAACUGUAUUAAUGCUAAUCUCCUUACUCGUAUAGCCGACCUUUUCACACACAAUGAAGUUGAUGAUGUAAAGGACAAGAAAGAUAAAUUUAAGAGCAAACUUUUUUGCAAGAAGAUCGAAAGACUAUUUGAUUCUGAAUAUCAGAAUCCAGAUUCCCGAAGUAAUGCAGCAACAUUAUACAGAUGCUGUUUGUGUAAGAAACUUUUAACAAAAGAAACGGAAAGGCGAAUUCCUUGUGUUCCAGGAAAAAUCAACAUAGAUCAACAUGGGAAAAUUGUCUACAUUCACUUGAGAGAUAAGACCUGGGAAGUUCAUGAGUACCUGAGUAACCUUUAUGAAGAAUUAAAAUCUUGGCGGAAUGUGUACUGGCGGUUAUGGGGAACUGUUAAUUGGCUGACCUGUUCAAGGUGUCGUUAUUCUUUCCUUUGUACUGAAUUAUCACACUGUCAGUAUCAUUCAGAAUCUGUACUUUAUCCUGGUGUGGCAAGUGAAUUAAAUCCCACCGGCACUGGAAUAUAUCCAUGCUGUAACCAGAAGGUUCUUCGGUUUGACCCAGCUCAGCUUGUAAAGGGUUGUAAAGUAAGAGACCAUGUAAUUGAUUUACCUAAUGAAGCUGAAGAUGGAGAUUUGGUGCCCUGUCCAUAUGCAAAGAUAUUGAAUGAUCUGCUUUUGCACAGAGAUGUCAUCGUAGUUCCUUUUUGUAAGGAUCCAAAUAGUGACUCUGGGAUAGGCCUCAGUGAUGAGAAGAGUAUAGAUUUUGAAGUUCUGCUAGAGCCAAAUACACCCUGGGGUCCCCAGACUGGAGAACUCAAUGCUUUUCUGUCACUGAAAAAUUGGACUCUGCAGCUGAAGCAGCAAUCAUUAUUGUCUGAGGAAGAAGAAUAUACUACUGGGUCUGAGGUCACUGAAGAUGAAGUUGGAGAUGAAGAAGAAGUGUCCAAGAAACAUGCAGGAAAAAAAGAAAAACCAAAGAAACUCACCAAACAGCCAAAAAAGCAAAUGUCUUCACCCUCUGUUCAAAAGAAAGAAAAAGCAAUGGAGAAGUCAUCUUCACAAGAUGCAUCUCCAUUCACUGUGAGUAUGCAGAAGAAUAAGUGGGACGCUUCUCGAUCGUUGCGAUUUAACCAAGAUGCUCAAAGAGAAGAUGAUCAGCGGCGGAUGUCUGAAAUUACAAGACACCUAAUAAAAAUGAGACUGGGUGAUCUGGACCGAGUCAAAUCAAAGGAAGGAAAGGAAUUGGCAGGUGGCAUUUAUUCUAGAAUCGAAGCUCAGAUCAGGGCUUCUGCACAAGUCAGUACACGACCAAGUGGCACAGAAAAAAACACAAGGUCAAAAAGCCGUUUUGUUCAAGGACGCCCAAUGUAAGAUACCAGGAAAAAUGGAAAGGCAGGACACUUCUCUCAUCUGAAAUUCUUCUGUUCUUAAACAUGGGAAUGUGGCCUUUUAAAGCUUUUUUUGAUGACCUAUUAUUUAUUACUACAGUGACCAUACUGAUAUGAUGAAUGACAACAAAUCCAGUUAGGGCUUGUAAAAAUUAAAUUUGUAAAUACACAACUUCUUAAAUUUAAUCUAAUUUUUUUUUAGUGUAUUGCUAUGCCAUGUAGAAAGCAUUUAUUUCUACAUUUGCACUGUUAAAAAAAAAAACAGCUAAUAGUUGAGAGUUAUUCUUAUUUUGGAGUGGAAGAGACCUAAACUCUGAAACUGCUGAGACAUUUUUGAAUUCUUAAAAGGAACUGAAAACAACCUGGCAAUAUUGCCAUGCAUGUGAGUAAACUAGUAUUCUAUUAUUUCAAGUAAACAGCUGAGUAUACCACUAAGUUACUUGCAAUAUGUGCAACAUAAUUCCUUAUGAUAGGUUUCAGGGAAUCAAAGAAGUAACUCCCAAGAUAAUAUUAGUUUGAAGGUAAGGUAUUGUUUGAAUCUUGACUACAAAGGGAUAACUUAUACAAUUUUACUGUGUGGAAAGGAAACUGUUUUUCAAUCUUUCUUCUUCUUUCCCUUUUUGAAUUAAAUUUUUUUCAAUUUUUUUUCCUUUGGUCUGGGCUGAGAAUGUUCUAUGAACAGCUUCCUCCUGAGCUGCUAUAUCAUUCCUCAUUUGCUGACCUAUCCCUACUCUCUCAACAAUUAAACAUUUUUAUUAGAGACAUCCAAAGCAUAGUAGUUCAGAGCCUGGAUUCUCAUGUAUUAUCUUUUUUCUGCAGUCAGCAGAGUUAUCUUUUAAAAUAGAAUUGACUGCAUUGGGACUCUCUAGAGAGGAAGAUUGUUGAAUUAUUUUAGUGUCUAGUCUUUCGGUACUGAAAUAAAAUACAUUUUGGGGGAGGAAAAUAGUACAUCUUCAAGGGAAAUUGCAAUAAAAUUGUACACUUUAGAUCGUGUUCUAAUUUUCUAGCCAGAUGGAAAGAAUGCUCAGGGAAAUUUUAUUCCAAACCAUAGUGUAUAAUCAUGUGUUUGGAAAUUACUUUUACACAGAUCUCUGACAGACCUCCUUAAAAUGCACUCUCUGUAUAUUUCAGGCUUUUGUUUACCUUGUAAUUAAAAUUCUUUAAAUUAUUUAAAUUAUGAAGUUGUCUUAAAUGUGUGGGAGUGACAGAUUUUAAUUGAAAGGCUAAAUUGUUAUCAUUUAUUUAAAAUAUGCAGAGUGUCUUUUUGUUGCGUGAAGGAUUGUGCGGCAGUGUUUUGUUUUUUGUUUGUAAGAAUAUGCCUUUACCAUGGCCUAAUAAUUUUUGUUUGGAAAAGUUUUCAUUUUCAUAUUUUUUUAAUGGUUUUAUAUUUUUAAGUGGAUCACAGAGAAGGAAGUGGUCGGUGAUUCACUCUCUAGUUUGUUAUUACUAGAAAGUUUUGUAGUUAUGUACUGCCUGGUAAGGGAUGUCUGGAUUUGUAUACUUUGUUGAACAAGUCCCAAUUUUAAAAGAAAAUAUCUUUUGUUUUAACUGAAUUUGCUGCUAUAGAGAAAGUGAAUUGCUUCUCCCCUGGAGGGAUUGGACCACUGAUAUUUAUGUGCUUAAACCAUUCUUACACAAUAAGGUAUUUCAGAAUUGGAUGUGCAUUUUUUAUUAAUGUUUAUUUGUAAUGUAUAAAUCUGAUUUAUGUUUUAUUCUGUGUCAGUAGCAUUCCCUCUGCCAAAACAUGAAAUUUAUCUGUAUUAAGUUCAUGUUUGUUUAAAUGAAAUAAACAUCAAAGAUGAAAUUGA